CGUCUGCAGAAAAUAUUUUCGCUUAAGUUCCAAAUAUCAAAUAUACGUUUAUAACAAUUUAUUUGAACUUGAUAUUAUUCCCAGAGUGUUGAAUUUCAGUUUUAAUUACUUCGAAGUCGAACUUUAGCCCUUCGUGUGGCGUUUCUCGUGUUUCUAUUUCACAAUUCUGUAUCCUCGAGGUUUUGCGGGUUGGGAAAAUGGUGAUAGACCAAGUUCACGGCCUCCAGGCCACGUGUAUGAGCCUAAACGAACGGUUCACCCUGUUCGCGGCAGCACCGGCGCCGGCCCGGCCUCGCACGCCGCGACGGAGGCCUUCCACCGGCGGCUUCUAUAGUGAUAACAUGAACAGGAACUUGAUUGAACAGAUCGCCCGCCGUUUGGAGCUACAGGCUAAACGGCAAGCCCUCCGCCAGAGGCUUGGUAUCGGUGCUGGGGGCUUGCGGCGUUUUGGCAGUGAGAGCAGCUUGGCAGGGCUCCGGCGCUCCAACAGCUUCGGUGACCUGAGCCAGAGAGGAGUUAAGAGUAGGAUUUCUUGGAGACAGUCCAAUGGGAACCUCAAUCGCUCGGCGUCUUUCGGCAACUUGUCCGGCGGCGCGUGGCGCGGCCGCGGCCUGCGCGGGCUGCGGCGCCGCGCCGGCGCCCGGGUGCUGCGCGGGCGGCUCAGGGGCGGUAUGAACUUCGGUCGCAUAAAUCGCAUCGGAAGCAGACCGCUGCGCGGCCGCGGGGUGGCGCGCGGGGCCGGGCGAGGGGCGGCGGGCGGGCGGCGGGGCGCCGCGGGGGGAGGGGGAGGGGGCUUCACGAGGGGAGCGGCGCGGGGACGCGGACGAGGUGGCAUAUCCCGGCAAACGCCCAAGCCCGUCCCUACGAAAGAGGAGCUAGACCUGCAACUAGACCAGUACAUGGCUUGCACCAAGUCCGCGCUCGACAAAGAACUCGAGGUCUACAUGAAAAACGCCAUGGAACUAGAGUGAAGUGAUAGUGAAAACCAUAGAUUACAAUUACUUAUUUACUAGUGGUAUAAUAACAAGACUUUAUACUAUAUGUGAUUGUAAGCCCAACAUUAAGAUCUAUAAUGCUUGUGUUGUGGGUACAGUCAGCAGCAGUUGCUAAGCUAAGGUCAGUGGGGAGACUCCUGAUUUCGGUCGAACUCGGCUCCGUUCGGCUCAGCAUUGUUCCGAGCAAUUAUUAGGUUUGGCACCACUUGACUUCCUUUUGCGUGCACGACCACAGGUAAGAUAGGCACUUGAAUUUUGACAACCCUAAAUAGCCGAAAGGGCCGUAUAUUAGAAAGGGAUAGCAUGAUUCGACCUUGAACUGCUGUCAAACUUCGGGUUUGUAGGAAGUGUCCUUUCUGAACGUUAUUACUAUUAUUUCUUCUUUGCUAAGGUGUUCAAAAUGAUCUUGACGCGACUUUAUUGUUAAGAGAAUAAGAGCGUGUCAAGGUUAUUUUAAACACCUCGCCCGCUUAGCAACUUUUGCCGCUGUACUUAGACAACCAUAGACAGGAAGAAAUAUCCAUGAUUAUAUCCAAGAUUUGAAUCUGAGACCAUAUAGGCUUUAGCUCUUCAUGUAUUGCCAGACUUGGCCAGGUCCUAUCUACCUAUGUUUGCAAAGUUAUGACUGUGAUGUCAUCGUCCUCGCGUUGUCCCGGUAUUAUGCCAUGGCUCAUGGGAGCCUGGGGUCCGAUUGACAACUAAUCCCAAGAAUUGGCGAAGGCACUAGUUUUUACGAAAGCUUCUGCCAUCUGACCUUCCAACCCAGAGGGUAAACUAGACCUUAAUGGGAUUAGUCCGGUUUCCUGACGAUGUUUUCAUUCACCGAAAAGCGACUGGUAAAUAUCGAAUGAUAUUUCGCACAUAAGUUCCGAAAAACUCAUUCGUACGAGCCAGGGUUCGAACCCGCGACCUCCGGAUUGAAAGUCGCACGCUCUUACCGCUAGGCCACCAGCGCUUAUGCAAAGUUAUGUGAUGUGAAUAAGUUAUUGUAAUCUAUAUAACGUGGAAAAAGUGACUGAAAUAAAAAAUAUAUCUAAGGACUCAUUGAAAAUUGACAUAGUGUUUAAGUAUAGUACAUAUUUAGACUAUUUUGUUUUUGUUAUAAAGAUAACAGAAAUUUAUAUUAUGUAAUUAAUUGUGGUUUUGUCAAACUAAAAACGAAGUAUUUUUUUUCUGGAAAUGUUUUUCUUAAGUGAAAAUAUUUGAAAGCAAACUAUAAUCUAGAAGAACGAAAAAUGUGAGAGGUUGAUCAAUUUUAAGACAGGAAGCCUAUUUGAACGUACCAUCGCCCACACUGUUAACUGACAGUUCGUAAGCCUUAUUAUAUGUACAAAAGGCAUAAGCUCCACCGAUGGUCAGUUAAGAGUGUUGCUGUUUAUACAUUUCGAUAUCAAAACUAC